CAGAGAAUGGCAUCACUAGUGGCAAUGCCACUCUCGUACCAGCAUCCCUCCAUGGCUUUCGUGGGCAAAAGAAGAACAAUUACACGAGCAAGCAAUCUCUCUGAAAAUUCACCUCUCCUUCGGGCAGCCAAGCAGAUGGUGGAUACAUAUAUAAAAAAUGGGAUGGUUAUUGGGUUAGGUUCUGGAAAUGCUUCUGCAAUGGCCAUACAGUAUUUGGGUUCCAAACUUCGUGCAGGGGCUUUGAAUGGUAUAAUAGGCAUACCCACUUCUGAAGCAAAUGCAAGUAAAGCAGAGGAGGCAGGGAUUCCAUUGGAUCAAUACCAAGAUAGUUCCCAGAUUGAUUUUGCAUUUGAUGAUGCUGAUAUAAUAGAAGAAGGAACACUUCAUGCAGUCAUUGGGCGCCGAAGAUUUCUCGGUGAAGAGUUCAUAAUUCAAGAGAAGUCGAUCCUCAAUGCAGCUGAGAAACUUGUAUUCAUGAUCAAGAGUGAUCAAUAUGGGGGUUGUCUAGAUGGUUCAAUUCCAGUUUUAGUUCAUCAUCUCAACUGGAGGGAAACUGCUGAAAAGAUUGAUGACCUAUUUUUGGGUGAUGCAGAGGUAUGGAGGCGAUCUUCUAUAGGACAAGCAGGUCCACUAGGAGGUGACUUCCCUUUUGUCACCAGGGAAGGUUAUAAUGUUCUUGAUAUUCUUUUCACAUCCCCAAUAGAAAGCCUUGCACAAGUAGCGGAAAGUCUAAACAAAGUUGACGGGGUUGUAGAUCAUGGAAUUAUUACCAAAUUCCCAUGCACAGCAGUGAUCGUUUCAGAAAAUGGUCUGUCCGUUGUUGAUAGUCUCUCAACAAAUGCACAUGAUGGGCUUUAAGCGCAGCAUUCCUUAGUGCAGAUUGCUGUUGCUUUUGUUAUUGCUGCUGCAGUUUCUGAGUGUAGAAGAAGAGCUUCUUCAUGCUACGGGGAUACCAAAGUUUGACAAGCUUCUGCUCAUUGGAGAACACAAAUUUAUAGCCCCCAGGACCACAAAAGACAGCAGUUGUCUCCCCUAGUAUAUUUGUCUUCAACAGUUGAACACUUCCGAGGAUGCAAUUUCUUGGUUAGGAAUUCAACUGUCUCGCCAAUUAUCGGGCAUCCUAAGCUCCGGAAGCUGCAGUUGCAAGACUAAAUCCAUGAAGUUUAAUAUGUAUAGAUUGUAAAACUCUUUUAACUGUAAAUCAUGUAUGAUAAUCAGCCCCCUAGUCCAAGAGUAUAUAUAUAUAUACCUUGGCAGCCUCUCCUAGCGACGAUUGAUUCACAAUAUGUGAAUAUCCGCCAUAUUGGCUGGUUAAAUAUUCCCAGAAGUGUCCCCCAUGUAUUCCCCUAUCAAAGCUCCAUUUUAGUGUUUGAGACAAAUGACAAUGUAGUGUUUAUUCAUGCAUAUGUUAUGUAAGAGCAUCUUUAAUCCCCUUCAGAACAAACUGCUUGUUGUUAGACAGAAAGGAGAGCUAGAUUAUGUGCCUCCGAAUGUAUUGAGACAAAUGUAGAUUACCUAAAUGUGUAA